AUGGAUACAGACCUGCAUCUUACAGCAGAAGUCCCUCAGUCCAGCGCGUUGGCAGUGGUGUUGGCAGCCAUCCUAACCUCCCAAUUGUUGGAGGCCGAGGCUGUGGCCGCGGGAGGUCGCGACGCCGAGUACUACCUGUCGCGGUGGUCGAGCAGGAGCUCUUCGUACGACCGCUUCCUCAGUCCCGUCGUGCCGCCACCCCAGCUGCCCUCGCCACCCUCCCCCCCUGUGGCCGUCCCCCCUGGCACCCCUCACCGCGCCUUCCUCGAGAACGGCGCCAACGAAGUCGAUAGGCACUCGGGGGCGCCGAAGGCCGGGGCGGAGGGCGGAGCGCGCGACUCAAGGUUUUUCCAGCUGUCGGUGUCCCCCGUGUUCCCUCUCUUCUCCCUCGUGACGGUGGCCAACACACCCUGUGUAGCGACCACCGGUGACAACGGCACGUGCUACACCUCGACGGAGUGCACUCAGCUGGGGGGGGCGGCGGCCGGAACCUGCUCGGGGGGAAUCGGAUCCUGCUGUGUGUUUCAGAAGACCUGCGGAGAGAGCACCUCCCAGAACUGCACCUACUUUGUCAACACGAACUACCCGGAUCCGUUCAACAGUGUGGGUUCCUGUCAACUGACUGUCAACAAAGUAAACACAAAUAUUUGUCAGCUGAGAUUGGACUUCGUGGAGUUCACUCUAUCGGGGCCGGACGCGACCGAGCAGCAGUGCCUGACGGAUCGCUUCUCCGUCGCCGGCGCCUCUUCGCUGCCCGUCGUCUGCGGCGCCAACGCGGGCAACCACAUGUACGUCGACUUGGGCCGCGGGACGACCACACCUGCGAGCCUCACCUUCGUCACGAUGGGCCCCUCCUUUGACCGGAAGUGGAAGGUCAAGGUCACGCAGAUACCUUGCAACACGGAUUAUACAGCCCCCUCGAACUGCGUCCAGUACUACACAGGCGUCAGCGGUCAGGUCAUGUCCUACAACUUUGACCUGACCACCGGACUCGAGCUGGCCAAUCAGGACUACACCAUCUGCAUCCGGACCGAAAAGAACUUCUGCGGGAUCCAGUACGAGACUUGCGCAGACACGGUGAACACCAACUCCCAGUCCUUCACGCUGUCCGGCCGCCCCACGAGCACCGCCGGGAGCCUGGCAGGGGCGGCGUCCUGCACCAAGGACUGGCUGACGAUCCCCUGCGUGACUGCCAGCGCCACCACGCCUGUCACCUCGUGCCAAGACCGGCUGUGUGGCGAUAGCUUCAACGUGGUGGAGUCAAGGACGGCGGGCAACGUGGUCGUCUAUUCCUACGUGAAGCCGUUCGUGCUGAUCUACCACACAGACGCGACGGAGGGGGGCGCCGUCCCCUCGGAGGAAAGCAAUAGGGGAUUCUGCCUGACUUACGUUCAACAACCUUGUGUGUGA